AUGGGUGAGGGUCGAGCUGGCUGUGCUGGGUCGGCGAUCGAGCAGCUCGGCAGCUCGAAGCGCACCUGGCGGAAGAAAGUGGAGGCUCAACUGUGGAUAGAGCUUGCCCGAGCCACCUUGUUUGGCAUCUGGACACAGGAAGUCAAGGCAAAAGUUCGCGAUGAACUGCCCCCCUCCCACCCGGAGGUCACGGCACUUCUUGAGGAGAUGUUCUCGGCCUCUAGCGAGGAGUUGCUGCAUCGAAACUUGAAGGCUCUGACCGAUUCCGGCGAAGAGGCGGUUGCCAAGCCUGCAGCUUUCACUCCGUCGGAACGCUUCCAAGGUUCAAGGCCAAACUGCGUCUUCAAGCUGGGCGAUCGUGGCCUUGGGUACUACUCGGAGGCAGAAGAGACGGCACCUGAGGCAGAAGAGACGGCACUGCGGUUGUGCUUGCGGCUUCGCGUAAACCUGGAGACGCAGGAUGGGGAACUGCGCCAGAGACCCGUGGCUCGCCUUGUGCAGCCCAUACCGGAGGAGGAGUACUACACUGACGCUGCGCAGCGCCAUCUCGUCGUCCAUGCCGUGGCGAAGCGAGCCCGCCAUCGGGAGGCCGAUGCUGCCCUCGGCGAGCUGGCAAUCUGCGAGAACUCUUGCGACCGCCUUGCAGCGAAGGGGAAUCGGCUGAAGAAGGCAUUUGCCAGAGGCAUUUGCGAGCUCAUGAAGCUCCUGGACAAGGCACACCGCAGCGUGCAGUUCUACGAGCAGCAGCUGAAGCAGCUGAGCUGCGCGCAGGGCACGGCCGAGGAACACGAGUGCUCCAUUUGCCUGGAGUCCGCGUCGGACCUGGGUGCAUGGUCCAUCCUGCCAUGCUCCCACAUUUUCCACACCGCGUGCAUCCGCGAGGUCCUCCAGAAAAACCCAUUCUGUCCAGAAUGCCGGGCACCACUCAAGCUAUCGGAGAUCGCUUCCGUGGUGAUGGAGUUGCGCGAGCCUGAACCCGUCCAGCCACAGCUGCCUCGGGAUCCUGACAUGUCCCAGGCCUGGAAGCGCCACGGCUCCAAGCUGAACGCCGUGGCCCGGCGCCUCAAACAAAUCCGAUUGCAGAGCGUCGAGGCAAAAGCCCUGGUUUUCGUGCAGUGGGCUGACUUGGAGGACAAGGUCUGCAUGGCUUUGCAGGACCAUGGAGUGAAAUUCCUCCGCCUCUCCAGCUGCGCGAAGCUGCAGAUCCAAGAUGGCGCGAUCUUACGAAGAUUCCAGGAGGAGCAGGAUGCAUUUGCCCCUCAUGUGCUGGUGUUGUCGCUGCAGAAGGCUGCCUCAGGCACGAAUCUGACAGCAGCCAGCCAUGUCCUUUUCGUCCACCCGAUGAAUGCCGAGAGCAUCGAAGAA